AUGGGUAGCUACAUUGAUUUGAGUGGGUACCAAAUCCCAAAGAAUGUGUUUGAGAAGAUGGAUCCGUUUGAACGACAUAAACUUAUGAUGUCCCUUUGUAUGUUAGAGAAAAAUAAAAAUACUGAUUGUCAAUAUUUAAGUGACUAUGAUAUUUUAAAAAAAAAAUACAAAUUCAUACAUGAUGUGUCUAACGAAAAAAACUCGCUUUUGCAAAACUACUAUAGAAGUAUUUGUAAUAAGUAUGUUAUAUGUGAUUUGUCUAAAUAUAAAGAAGGGAAGAUAGGGCUGAGGUGGAGAACAGAGGAGGAAAUAAUCAAAGGGAAAGGACACAUAAUAUGCUCUUCUAAAAAAUGUAAUAAUACAGAUUUAAAUACAUAUGAAUUUUUAUUUCAAUAUAUUGAAGAAGGAAUUGAAAAGAAAACCAACGUAAAAGUGCGGGCAUGUAUGGAUUGUGCAUAUAAAUUGCAUUAUAGGAAAAUUAAAAAAUAUUUAAAAAAAAAAAAAAAAAAAAAAAAACAAAAAGAGAAAAGAAUUAAACAUAGAACAAGCUCAAGUAAUGAAAGUAGUAAUACUUCAUCAAGUUUUAAUGAUAAUUGCUCAAAAUCAAAGAAACGGAAAAAAUACUAUAUUAAAAAAAAACUUGAAAAAAUAUCCUUAAAGAGUGAAGAAAAAAAAAAUGAAGAAAACAUGUAUUUUCAUGAUUUAAUUUUUUAA